AUGCCUCUCACGCCGUUACGUCCCGGCGUCUAUGCGCCUACCAUGACCUUCUUCAACCCCGAAACCGAAGAGCUGGACGUCCCUACCAUCCGCCGUCAUGCCGUCCGCCUGGCCAAGGCCGGUCUGGUCGGUCUAGUGACCAUGGGUUCUAACGGCGAAGCCGUCCACCUCACCCGCGAGGAACGCUCGACGGUGACACGCGAGACCCGGUCUGCGCUGGACGAGGCCGGCUUCCAGAAUGUGCCGGUCAUUGCCGGUGCCAGCGAGAACAGCAUCCGGGGCACAAUCGAGCUCACCAAGGAAGUCGCAGCGGCCGGCGGCGAGUAUGCCCUCAUUGUACCUCCCAGUUACUACCGCGGCGCCGUAGGCAAUGACGAGACAUUGUACGACUAUUACACCGCGGUCGCCGACAAGUCUCCCGUCCCCCUGAUUCUGUACAACUAUCCCGGUGCUGUGGCAGGCAUUGACAUGGACUCCGACCUCAUCAUCCGCAUCUCCGAACACCCCAAUAUCGUCGGCACUAAGUUCACCUGCGCCAACACUGGAAAGUUGACUCGCGUGGCUGCAGCCUUGGGUGCUGUGACUCCCGGCUCGCCCCUAGCUCCUGCCCAGCGCACAGCGACUGUCUCCAAGCCCAACGCCAAGCACCCGUAUGUGGCCUUUGGCGGUAUCGCCGACUUCACUCUGCAGACCCUCGUGUCGGGCGGCUCUGCCAUCUUGGCUGGAGGCGCCAAUGUGAUCCCGCGCCUUUGCGUGCGCAUCUUCGAUCUUUGGUCGGAGGGUAAGAUUGCCGAGGCCAUUGAGGCACAGCAGCAGCUGAGCGCGGCCGAUUGGGUUCUGACCAAGGCCGCUAUCCCUGGCACUAAGUCGGCCAUCCAGUCCUACUAUGGAUAUGGUGGGCAUCCCCGCCGGCCCCUGGCUCGUCUGAGCGAUGCCCAGGCUAAGAGCAUUGCGGACCAGAUCAAGGAUGCUAUGGAUGUGGAGUUUUCGCUGAAAGACAAGGCAUAA